AAACUAAAAACCCUCCUUUCCUCUUGUUUAUCACUCGUAAACCCUCGCUCGGCAAACCGCGAUAACCUGCUAACAAGCCUACCACCGUCGUCACCGCGACACCACGUCGCUGGGACGCAAGCUCAUCAGCGAUCAGUCGAGACCACGUUCACAGACUACCAGCUACUGCCAAUAAUCAAUCCAAUUCUUCCUGCUUUUAUCUCUUUUCUGCCACCCCUCCAUUUCUGUAGAUCUCACGGAUCUCUUAUCUCUUCCCUCCGCCCGCGUCUAAAAGGUUCUGUUUGUGAUUCUCAAUGUAGCAUUUCUGCAUGUUAAUUUUAGCGCCACAAGAGAGUGACUUUGUAGAAGCUGAAUUUGGGGUUCUGUUUUUGAAUAGGAUUUCAAUCAAGAAUUUAACAGUUAAAUGGCUUACGUACAACACGGAAGAAAUGCACUCCGGCAGAUUUUUCAAGGCCAGAGGUUGAAGAGCUCGGAUGGUGCCGUGCAUCCCUUGUUUCAUGCCUGUCAAGGCGUCAGAUUCAGAAAGUUGGAGGUCAUUUUGACGACAAGUAUAGAGAAGCUUGGCAAAGCUGGAGAGACUGUGAAGGUUGCACCUGGGUAUUUCCGCAAUCACCUGAUGCCCAAAUUGCUCGCAGUCCCUAAUAUUGAGAAGUUUGCCUAUCUCAUCAAGGAGCAACGCAAGAUUUACCAACCUGUGGAAGUAGAAGAGGUUAAAGUAGUUAAAGAGACGAAGGAAGACAAGCUGAGAGAGUAUGAAGUGGCAGCAAAGCGACUAGAUAAUUCACGGGUGGUAUUGAGGAGAUUCAUCAAUAAAGAAAAGUUUCGUGCUCGUGCAACAAAAGAUGAGCCCAUAGAGGUGCUUGUUCCGGUGACAAAAGAGGAGCUCGUUGGAGAGGUGGCCAGACAGCUCUCUGUGCAGAUUGACCCUCAAAAUUUGCAUCUUCCAUCACCUCUGUCCAAGUUUGGGGAGUAUGAGGUGCCACUUCGCUUGCCCAAGUCCAUUCCUCUACCUGAGGGAAAGGUUCAGUGGACUCUCAAAGUUAAAAUCAGGGGUAAAUAAAUGGUGCCAGACUGAAGAAAAUUUUUCUAUGGACGAACUUAAACCACUGAAGAAUGACUGUUUGACCCAAUACUAGAUUGAUAAUCCUUUGGGUUUUUUAUAUUUCAAUAUGAUUGUAGUUUUCUAUUCUGACUUUCCAAAUAAAACGGCUUUCUUUCUGAAAAUUUCUUUUUUGCCUUGUGUAAUGAAUUUGAUUAAUAGGGAAGACUAGCCAUUUAUGUUA